CAAAUUACUUCCACCAUCACAAGCAGUCUUCUCCUAAGCAUUAGCAGUUAGCUAACAAAAUUUAGCAUUUGCUAGUGAUUAGGAAGACAAAGACAAGGCAGUAACAUCAGUUUAAGAUGGGUUCCAAAGCUUGUUCCUCCCUCGCUAUUUUCCUCACACUCAACCUCCUUUUCUUCUCCCUUGUCUCUGCAUGCGGUAGUUACUCAUGCCCCGGUCCAACCCCAAAACCAAAGCCAACACCCAGCCCCAGCCCCAGUGGGUCCUGCCCCCGUGACGCACUCAAACUAGGUGUAUGCGCCAAUGUGCUGAACGGCUUGGUCAACGCCACCGUGGGUCAACCACCAGUUACCCCUUGCUGCACCCUUCUCGAUGGCCUCGUUGAUCUUGAGGCUGCCGUCUGCCUCUGCACCGCUCUCAAAGCAAACAUUCUCGGCAUCAACCUCAACCUUCCCAUCUCACUCUCCUUGCUUCUCAAUGUUUGCUCCAAACAAGUCCCACAUGAUUUCCAGUGUGCUUAAUCAUAUCAUCUUUACCUACUUUUACGUCUGGAUUUCCUUUUUCCUCUGUGUGUGUUCUAAUUCAUUGUACGUGCAUGAGGGUUAACUUCUCGAUCCUCCUUAUUAUUCCCUUCAGUUGCAUGGUUAGAGUGUUGUUGCAAUAAGUGUAAAGUUCCUCAUGCUAUUAUUUCUGUAAAUCGUAGCCUGGGAACCAAACAUCAUGUUAAUUACUUACUUGUUUCAGCCAUGAUUAUAUUACAAUAAUCUUUUCUAAA